AAUUGCGGAAACAAACAAUGCGGUUUGGACUUCUUCUUCUUCUUGUAAGCUUCGGUAACUCCGUCUCUCCGCUGCUUUCUUCCUCCCAUCCGUGGUUCCAUUCUCCAAACUGUCUACUCCUGCCGUUGUAGAAGGAAAGAUAUGGAGAGUGAAAAUGAAUUGAUGAGCAAUGCUAAAACACAAGUUACUUCCAGAUUGUGCAGAGUUUCUGGUUUGAUGACUGAGAUAAUGGAAAUUAUAUCUGAUGAUCCCAAGUUCCAUGUAUUGUUCAUCCCGGGGAAUCCAGGUGUUGUGCCUUUUUACAAGGACUUUUUGAAGUCUUUAUACCAGUUUCUUGAUGGAAAUGCAUCUAUCACGGCUGUUGGCCAAAUAUCUCAGACGAGCAAGGACUGGGAGUCCGGGAGGCUGUUUUCGUUACAAGAACAAAUCGAUCAUAAGGUUGAUUUUAUCAGACAUGAGAUGGAGAGAGUAAAAGUUCCAAUAAUACUUGUUGCACACUCCAUUGGGUCUUAUAUAUCCCUUGACAUUUUAAGGACGUUCUCUGAAAAGGUGGUAUAUUGCAUUGGCUUAUAUCCAUUUCUGUCUCUCAACAAACAGUCAACAAAACAAUCACUAAUUGGAAAACUUGCAGCGUCUUCUGUUCUAUCCGCUACAGCAAGUUUUCUGAUUGCAUCACUGAGACUGCUACCUAUGUGGGCUGCACGUCGGCUUGUAUCUAACUCCCUUGGAGCUUCAUGGUCUGAUACUGCUGUUCAAGCUACUUGCACUCACUUGAGGCAGUAUCACACCAUGCGUAAUGUUCUCUAUAUGGCAAUGACAGAGUUUAGAGAGCUCGCAGCAGAGCCAGACUGGGAGUUCAUGAGAGAAAACCAGAGCAAGCUUGCAUUUUUAUUUGGCAUUGAUGAUCAUUGGGGACCACUGCAACUCUUUGAAGAGAUUUCAAAGCAGGCCCCUGGUACUUCCUUAUCUAUUGAGAGGGAAGGUCACACGCACGCGUUCUGCUGCACUGUGGCUGGCUCGGUAUGGGUUGCUCAGCACGUAGCCACUCUGAUCAAGAACCGGUUUACGCACCUCCAGUAAAUGUAAAUUUUCCUGACUCUUUCUUAAACCAGAUAAAACGGUCUGUAAAUUUGCAUUCUCAACGUAUCACAACGGGCCGAGUAAGAGGCGGUGCAAAUUGGUUCGGCCCAAAUAAAUGUACUUUGUUCAAUCACAAACGCAAAACAUCUUCAUAAUUGAAUGCAACUGCAAGAGUUGCAUUAAUGUAACAAAUCGCGAAUUUAAGAGCAUUAGGUAAGAGGAGGAAAUUAGGGUACUGGAGUUGAAUGCAGCGAAUAAAAUUAGCUUAGCAAGGUUAG